AAGACGCGGGUGGCGCCCGCCGUCAGCCACGCGAUGCAGCCCCUGAUGAACUUCGACUACGACCUGGAGGAGGACAUCGACCUUUCCGACUUCAUGUUCCCCGAGUUCGGCCGGCGACUGCGGCGCGCCGCCGACGUCGACGAUGUGUUCGACGCGGCAGCGGUGCGUCGGCUGGAGGCCGAGUGGAGCUCGCGCCGGCGACGGCGCUCUCUGUUGCCGGGCGAUGAGAACCACGUGCACGACCACCACCACGAGCACGAGCACGAACACGAGCACGCCGUCGAGCAGCACGCCAAGACGUGCUCCAUCAUGGGUGUGCGCUACGAGCUGGGAGAAGUGAUCGGGGUGGCCUCUGACAACUGCCUGGAGUGCCGUUGCGCGGCGCAGGCCAUGUUCUGCUCGCCCAAGUGCUGCUUUUUCGCGCUGGAGGAGCGCCUGCUGCGGGAGGGCCGCCAGGCGUCGGCGGACGAGCGCCUGCCACGACCCCACCCUCUACAGGCGCUCUUGCGUCAGUGACGUCACCGCCGGUCUGCGGUCACGACCUUGGGCGCCAGCAGGCGCGCCACCGCCGCAGAUGGCGCGUUUUUGUGGCGGAGCGCGUCAUGUGUCAAUGUGCGAAGGACGGAAAACGGCGGGGACAAGUGGCACGUCAGAACGGCGCCGGGCGCGUGACCCCGGCCUGUCAGCGGGUACCGCUCGCGUCAGCCGAGCAGCGGCGUCGCUGGUGGGGUAUGACGUCACUGGCGCCCGGCCGCAGCACAGCCGACCUUGGGAAUCGCGUGCCCUCGCUGACCAGUAUCCAAAUAAGGCGGCGACGCACUUCGUCAACACCCCGAGCGGUCCGGCCGAGACCGCGCGAGCCGAGACGGCCGCGCGCGACCCGCCGGCGGACCGGAGGAGUGCGACGCGGCUGGGACCGCUCGCCCGCACCAGGCGGCUACAGACACUGUUCGGGCGUCCGGCGGACCAGCGAGCCAGCGUGCGCCCCUCUUCAGUAUUUCAGCACGGGCACUCCAGCGCCGCGCAUGGCUGCGACAUAGCUCAGUUUUAACCAACUUCGAUGCUGUCUUGAAAUAAUGGCCCCCGAACACAGCUAUAGUGAUUCGGUGCUUUAGGAUGUGUGUAUUUUGUGCAUUCAUCACGUAGCCUUGGACCGUUUUCUAUCAUUACCAUGAGCUAAACCCUGGUAAAGAUGGUUCCAAGGUUUGGCAUCACUCCAAUAAUUGCGGAACAUUCGACGAUGCAAUGAAUGACGGCGUAUCUGACUUUAAUAAUUGAACUGGUCGAAGGCAAGCCAACGAAAGUUAUGAGUGUUAGUAUCAGGCUCAAAAAGCGAUGAAGGCCAGGCUUGCCUUUUCUGUUGUAGUUACGCUAGAUGGAAGGGUUAGGCAUGUUGAAUCGUUGAUGGUUGCAAUGAAGCUCAACCGCCGCAUACGGAACGCCAAGAAAUGUGUGAUGUGACGUCAUGCAUGCCAAACCAAAAACGCCAUGAACUGUCAGCGUUGUGUGCCGAUGCGCUGGGCGUAUGCUCCGUUUCUACCACAUAUUUGUGUAUCAGCAUAACAUACGAGUUGUGUUGCUUC